GGAAAGAUAAUACAGAGGGGGUGCAAAUAGAAACUUCCAAUUUAUUUAUUAGCAACAAGCCCAAAGGAUGGAGCUGUUAGUAUCCAAAAAAUGGCGCCCGUGGCAGCGAGAAGCGCCGGCGCUGUUGGUGCCGGAACCGCCAUCUUACUCUCUCUUGCCGUCGCGUAUUUCUUCUGCGAUCGUCGCUGCAAUUCAUCAAAAAACAAGAAGAAGAAAUCAAAGAAUGGAAUCCUUGCCGCCAUUGGUAACACUCCUUUGAUUCGAAUCAAUAGUCUCUCCGAUGCCACCGGUUGCGAAAUUCUUGGCAAGUGUGAGUUUUUGAACCCUGGAGGGAGUGUCAAGGAUCGUGUAGCAGUUCAAAUUAUUGAAGAGGCUUUAGAAUCUGGGCAGCUACGUAAAGGUGGUAUAGUUACUGAAGGGAGUGUCGGAAGCACUGCCAUUAGCUUUGCUACUGUUGCUCCUGCUUAUGGAUGCAAAUGCCAUGUGGUUAUUCCAGAUGAUGCUGCCAUUGAGAAGUCUCAAAUAAUUGAAGCUCUUGGGGCAAAUGUUGAAAGAGUACGGCCAGUGUCAAUCACUCACAAAGACCAUUUUGUCAAUAUUGCAAGAAGACGGGCAUCUGAAGCAAAUGAGUUUGCAUUUAAGCAUAGAAAAUCACAACCCAAUGGCACGGACUCGCAGCAAAUAAAUGGUUAUGAAUCUGACGGACACGACCACAACUCGCCCUUUCCUAAUGAUUGUCAAGGCGGCUACUUUGCUGAUCAGUUUGAGAACCUUGCAAACUUCAGGGCUCAUUACCAAGGUACAGGACCUGAGAUUUGGGAACAGACAAAUGGGAAGUUAGAUGCAUUCGUUGCAGGAGCAGGCACUGGUGGUACUGUGGCUGGUGUUUCCAAGUUUCUUCAGGAAAAGAAUCCAAACAUCAAGUGUUACCUCAUAGACCCUCCUGGUUCUGGCUUGUUUAAUAAGGUAACGAGGGGGGUAAUGUACACCAAAGAGGAGGCAGAAGGACGGAGACGUAAGAAUCCGUUUGACACUAUAACAGAAGGAAUUGGAAUUAACAGGCUAACAAGAAAUUUUGCAGAGGCAAAACUUGAUGGGGCCUUCAGAGCCACAGAUAUGGAAGCUGUUGAAAUGGCCAGGUUUCUUGUGAAGAAUGAUGGGCUUUUCCUUGGGAGUUCUUCUGCAUUGAACUGUAUUGGAGCAGUUAGAGCAGCACAAUCAUUAGGCCCUGGUCACACAAUUGUAACCAUUCUGUGUGACAGUGGAAUGAGACAUUUGAGCAAGUUCUGUAAUGAUGAAUACUUGUCUCAACUUGGUUUGACACCUAAAGCAACUGGAUUAGAGUUCUUGGGUAUCAAAUGAGUAUGUUCCUUCACAGAAUGGCAGGAAUUCUUACUUCAUUACCAAAGUGUGCAAUGCCUGAGAAGACCAUGCGAGAAGCCAACAAGUCCAUCAUAUGCUUAUGGUGUUAUUUUUGAUUGAAACAUUGUUAGGAGUGUGAUAGGUUCAUUCAUGGUUAGAUUAUUCGAGAGCUGCAGCCGGAGACGACUUAUUAAUUUGAUAAUAGUUUCGCUCAAAUUAUGAGUAUGAAGCAAUUAGUUUUCA